GCCAAUUUCGCGUUGCUUUGAGCUUUCCGAAUUUCGAUUCCGCGUUAUUCCGCAACGUCGGUAAUCGAUUUCACUGUCCCUUGUAUAAAGCAUGUGUUUUAUUAAUUAAUCACAAUACAGUACACAGUUAUUAACUUAAAGCAAUGUGUAGUUUGUUACGCCUGUUAUUGUGUGUGAGUCAGCGAGGUAUAUAAACAAUGGAACGCCCGUGUCCGUUACUGGUUGCGGUCAUUUGCUUGUACAUUAAUUAUGCUACUACAGACCGAGGCGACUAUAUCGGCUGUUACAGGUUCAAAGAAGACGUGUUGAACACUCACACGGGGCAGUCUGUGGACGUAUGCUUAUCGGCGUGCGAACAAGUGUAUUACAAGUACGCUCUAAUAGGUAACGAGUCAACUUGCUUCUGUGGUAACGAUCCCGGGCAAUUUAAGCUAGGGCUGGACUCUUGUGAUACGCCUUGCCCGAAGAACGAGACACAGAAAUGUGGCGGAGACAACGCAGCCAGCGUGUACGACACAGAGGUGACGGCGCCGGGCCCACCCAUGUCCAUUCAAGUGCUCAACAUCACCGAGACAACCGUGAGACUGCGCUGGACGCCGCCGCAAGCCUUCACCCGCAUCACAGGGUAUGUCAUCAAGGCUUCCGUCGUGGAAACCUAUGCCACCGCAGCCCUACUGCCAGUCGCUUGGGGAGUGCCCAAUACCACGUUACAAUCGGAGCUGCCGAACCUUCAGCCUGGUUCUGUGUACAAUAUAAGCGUGGCUGCAACUAAUUAUAAAGAAGAAGGUGCCAGCAUUGGAACCAUAGUCGAAACAAUCAUCGGCACUCCAGAUCCAAGUCCUCCCAAUAUAGAAAUGAGAGAGAGGCAUGGAGAUGAGAUGCUUGUGCAUAUUCCUGAAGCAAAAAAUGUGAAUGGCCCUGUCUCAAUGUAUAGAAUCGUAGUAUCCAUAGAGCUCUACCAACAGGGCAUUAUAAUAGAAAACCUCGGCAAUCACUCCUACGCAGAUGAACAAGGUCUCCCUUACUACAUCACUGCUGAGUUAGACCCAGAAGACAUCAAGAAUGACUUUAUAAUUGGCAACGGAAGAACUUACAAUGGAUACUACAAUGCUCCCCUACCUCUGACCAAUGAUAUAGAGGUUUCGCUAGGAGUGGUCAGUGAAAAAAACCAUGUCAGGAAAGUCAGGUAUGCUGAGUCAACAAAAAAGAUAAUUUUAAAUAUUAAUGAGAUUGAGGAGUACUCUCCCAUGGUGGUGGCGCUCGGUGCGGGCAUAGCGAUAGGAGUGGUGCUACUCUUGAUUGGCAUUGGUGCCCUCAUAGUCUUGAGAAAGAAGAUUCACAUGGUGCGGAUGCAAAGAUGCUCUCAAUCCAUGCCUUUAAGCCUGAGUGAGCCGUGCGUGGAGAUAGAAAACUCAGGAUUCCUACAGGAACAAGAUGAAAGAGUAGACUACUAUGGCAAUUUGAAACGCAAACUCUGGAAUAUUCCUAGAGACUUGUUAGAAAUAGAUAUUUCUUGUGUAGUCGGUUUGGGAAGUUAUGGAAAGUUUACUAGGGGCAAAGUCCAGCAGCACGGAGCUCAAACUCCUGGCUUAGUCCAGGUCAUAUCCGACAGGGAGCUGGAGAAACCAGACAAGAAACUGAUGCUUCAAGAACUGGACUUACUCAUUAAAUCUAAUGAGCAUGAGAACCUGAUAGCCUUUAUAGGCAUCUGUGAGACAAGUACGACUCUAUUCGUAGUUUUGCAGGACACUAAAAUGACGCUCAAAGAGUUACUACUGCAGAGUAGACAUAGAGAUCUUCAAAACAAUAAAUUUUGCCUUCUAAGUGAAAACAAAGCUGUACAGUUUUGCGUGGAUGUGGCAAGCGGGAUGGAAUAUAUGCACAGCAAAAAAAUUAUGCACAAAAGGUUGAGUUGCAGGAACAUAGUGAUUGGUGAUAAUGGGGUUGCUAAAGUUGCAGGAUUUGGACUUUCUCACAUUCGUCCUCUACAUGAAACUCCAGAUUAUACUCGAUGGACAUCACAUGAGAUGUUAAGACAGAACCGGUUUAAUUUUAAAGCAGAUGUGUGGUCAUACGGUGUGCUGGUGUGGGAGGCUUUGACUAUAGGUGCUACACCGUAUGCACAUACGGGGAACAAGGAUGUGGCAGCCAGGGUUCUGAGGGGCAUGCGCCCUUCUCAGCCGUCUUAUGUCGGUGAUGGACUCUUCCAGUUGUGCUUACAGUGUUGGCAAGUAGACCCUGACGAGAGGCCCUCUUUCUCCUCCCUCCUGAAUGAACUUACACACUUUGCAGAGGGCCCUGGUUCCAGUUGUCUAAGCUUUACUCACUAUAACGGGUUUAACUAUGAACCUCAUGUGCCACAGUAUGAAAUUGUAACAUAAUGACUAUUAAUAGCUGUAUUAUGUUCUUCAUUAUUUCUUAAGAAAUACUUUUGUAAUCAUAAGGCAUGGUAUCCACCAAAGUAGAGCUGUAUUUAGCAGAUCAAUGAGAUUAUUGAUAGAUAACAUAUUUUUUCAUGUCAUAUGCCAAUGAUCUGAUUGGUCUGCUAAAAACACCUUUGCUUUAGUGUAUAUGAGACCUAACUUAUUUAUAAGAAUCACAUGGCACUAAAAUUAUUGACAAGAUAUUUGGAAAUAUAAUGCAGGCAGCUAAUAGAAUAUAGUAUAUCUCUUGUAGGGUAAAAAAUAACUUUAUUUCAUUUGCCUACAAUGUACAGGCAAUAGUAAUUCCAAAGAUUGCUUUUGACUAUAUAAUUUGACCUAAACGUUUUUCUGCUAUAAAUUAAGUAAUUUGUACAAGUAUGUACAAGUGUACAUAUCAUACUAAGCUAUGUCAACUUUGUUUUGUAUGCAGUGCCCACUGGCCAUUGUUAGAAGUUAAAUCAAAAGCAAUAUUACUUAUGUUACCGUGUAAAUGAUGUAGGAGUUAAUAUAGUAUGUAAUGUAUUGCUACUUAACCUUGACAACAUCUUAGCUUUCUCACUAGUUAACGGCUCAGAGUAUACAUACAACUAAAAUAGAGAUAAGACUCACAGUUUAGACUAUAAGUUAUAUUGAGUAGGUCACAGAAUUUAUAAUAUGUAUAGAAGUGGUAAAAAAGCGUGAGCUUGUUCCCGUGCAGCCUGUAACAUCAGUGCGCGUUACUGUUAAAACACAUGCUGUCUUACCAAAAAAAAAAAAAAGAAUUUUACUGAGUUGACAUUUUGACAGUUUUUGUAUGAGAAAUCUGUCAGACUUAAAGUAACUGAAGCGUAGCAGAGACGUGAGUGUAUCUGCUAAGCUUAAUGGAAAUGCACCCUAAAACUUUUCUGAACCAUUUUCUUCUAUAAGACAGGAGGCCUUUUUGCUCAGUGGAGAAACAAUAAUAGACUUAUGAUGAUAUUGUAUAUGUAGGUUAAGGGCGUUUGUGCACCCAUUCGUAUUCAAUUCGUAUUCGUUAUAGUAAAAAUACGAUUCAAAGUGGCUGCACAAAAGUUAUGUACGCCUGUGCACUAAUUUGAUUCGUAUUUUGACGUAUCCGUUAAAAUACGAAUCGCUAGAUACGAAUGAGUGCUCACGCGUGCGUACGUUUUAUAUGGCGGCCAUUUUGAAUCGUAUUUUUACGAAAAAUGCCCUAAGCCGGUCCAGGUGGGAGUGGGCGCGUCCUGCGGGGCGGCCAGCGUGUAAAACAAACUUAAUAUUUACAA